UUAUAUUUGGCCAUUAGUAUUACUUUAGCCCAGCUAACAGUUAGGUUAUUGUAUAGUCAGGAACAUUUUUUACAUUUUUUUAGCCAACUUUCCGUAUUUUUUUCAAGUUUCGUAAUAAUUAGUUUUAAUGACUGCGCUGAGUACACCGCGUGGCAAAGGCAUUCAAGGUCCUUUAUGUCACUCCACGCCGAGGGUCGUGGAUCUGGAGGAAUCUGGUCCUGUGGGACGUGUCACCAGUCUGCCAGUGAGUAUACAUGGAUGGUAUCGCGUCUUGGUCUUUAGCAAGGAUCAUGUGGGUGUUAACCGUGUCCUGCGACGCAUCCGUCAAAGGAUAAAACCACUUAAGCUGGAGCCCCAUUAUCUGCACUCUGGCGGGGAAUUCGAUGCCGCAGAAGACGCCGGAGCUCUCUUCACAUUCUACGUCAAUUCAUAUGCCGUGGCGAGCGCUCUUUUUAAGCUCGAUAGAAUUAAUAAUCGCCUUUGGCUGGGUGUCAACCAUCGGAUGCCCGUUUUCCAGUACGAUGAGGCUCAUAAGAAGGCACUAAAGGAGGCUAUUCUGGCAAGAUAUGAUGACAAGCGGCAAAGCUUGGACCUGACAUCAUUUCACAAUGACGGAAUCUUGGAGGAAAUGUUCUUUGCCCUGGCCAAUUCCCACUGCAUGACCUCGGUGCUCCAGAUCGUGGAGAAGGAGAUGCCGGAACUGGAGCACUUAUGUUUAGACCGAAAUCACCUGACCUCUCUUCAGCCAUUCUGUCAGGUGGAGAGCCGUCUGCCACGAUUGCGUUCAAUCUCUCUGGAGUACAAUGAUCUGAAUAGCCUGUCUUUGCUGCAAUCUUUGCAGCUCCUUCCGCUUGUCGAAUUGAAUUUGAAGCAGAAUUUUCUGCCGCCUGGCUAUGAAAUCGAUGUCCUGUAUAUGUGGCGGAGCCUGCGGAAGAUCAACGGAGUUUCGGUGCCACCUGGCAUAGAUUUGCGAAAUCAUUGUGAUCCCGUUUUGAUAAAAAAUAUGUGCCAAUUGACUGGACUGAAAUGGGCCUGGAGCUGGAAGUUGCUUGCGGUUAAUGGUUGUAACUACGCCCAGAGCCUUGACAACUUUCUGGAAAUGCUUGGCCUGGGAUUCAUUUUCCCUGAAGCAUUUGUAAGGAACUAGUUUUUUUUACAUUUUUUUGUA